AUGGAGUCGCAGCACCGUAGCCUCUACAUCAAAUGGUGUCAGAGCGAGCAGAUCGAGCUGUACGUGGGCGGCCAAGAUGGACCGCAGGGACGAUUCCUCGUCCCGAACGAGUUCCUUCGUCAGCGGUCCCUGCAGUUUCGGGAGAUGCUGGUCGGCCGCGUGAAAGAACGAAAGCCGGCGUCACACAUGCCUCAACUCGACCUGCCGGACACGCAAGUCCCGACGAUGGAGGAUUUCUUCAUCUGGACAUUCUCGCCGCAGCCGCAGAUCGACCAGGCCUCCUCGUUCGACCAGGUGGUCCGGUUGGGGAUCUUCGCCUGGAAAUAUCAGAUCCCGGCCUUGAACAACCAGGUCACAGACAUAAUCCGGACCAAUCUCGCAAAUGGCGAAUGGCUGCUCCAGGCUCCCAUUGUCGAUGGCAUCUACGAGGCCGCGCCCGCAGGCAGUCCUCUGCGCGAAGUCGUGCGUGCCGCUCUGGGACGGUACCGGUCCAGCGUGGAAGACAAGGGCGCCAUCCGAGAUGAGUGGCGCCAGAUCAUGGUCAAACAUUCCCAGCUCGGCGUGGAUUACAUCGAAGCCACGCUGUCCGAGUGGAAACGCCAGAACUAUCUGUCCGGGGUGUGUCGCUUUCACGACCAUCAAGGUGUCACCAGUCAAAAUGGCUUCCUUGCCGAUGGCUGUCCCUAUGCGAGGGAAGAUUGUUAUCCGAGUUGGGAGGAAGAGGAGGAGGAGUCAUCACCACCACCGCCUGUCUUGAACGGAUUCAAGUCUGAAGAGCAUGCUGAUAUGGCGGCACCACCAGAAGUCAGUGGGGAAACACAGACUCCUCGGGUGAAUGGAGGCGCCAGAACUCCGGAUUUUGCACCUGUUUUCGUCGACGACGAGGCUCAACCGGAACAGCCAAUUGAGGAGUCCGUGUCCGAGGACAAAACCCCGGAAGAGGUCACCGUACCAGAGACAAUCAAACCCAACAACGCAUAUUACCCUUCUGCUGUUGUUGAAUAUCCCGUCGUUGGACCUGAACCUGAAGUUGCACCUGUGGUUGAACCUGAAGUUGAACCCGAAGUUGAACCCGAAGUUGAACCCGAAGUUGAACCCGAAGUUGAACCCGAAGUUGAACCCGAAGUUGAACCUGAAGUUGCACCUGAGCCAGUGCCAGAGACCAUGCCUGAAGAAGCUCUCAUUAUCGACGAAUCACCCCCCGUUGAGGAUGUCUCUGCUCAUGGCUCUGGGCCCGUCUAUGGUCCCGGCGGCGCCGACGAGUCUGCACCCACGGUGGUGUCGGAUUCGGUCCUCGACGAGGCCGAUGGACAUCCAGCCACAGAUGCGGCGAGUGUGCUGUCUGGAGAAGGGAAAAUGGCUGUAGAAUUCACGGCGCCGCAGACCACGGUGGAAGUCAAGGCUCCUCUGGGCGGAAGCAAGAAGAAGAACAAGAAGAAGAGAAAUAGUGUCAGUCAGAGAAAUUGA